GCAAAGGAAGAAACAAAGAAGACAGAGAAGGAAAAGGAAGAGCCAAAAACAGAAGAAAAACCCAAGAAGGAAGAAGAGAAAGGCAAGAAAAAAGAGAAAGGGAAGAAAGGCAAAAAGGAGGCGAAAGGCUCGAGUGAGGAGCAGGUGAAAGCACCGAUCGCUGCCCCAGAGCCGGAGCUUAAAACGGAGCCAGACAUCGAACAGGCUCCUGAUCAACACUCAAUAAGCAGCGCAGAGACACAGCCUGCUCAAGAGGAACACAAAGAAGAAGCCGGAAAAAAGAAAGAGCCUGAAGCUGUGGAAGAAGUGAAGGAGCAGGACGCAUCCAAAAAAGAAGAAAAAGAAGCACCAGUAAAAGAGGAGAAAGAAACAAAAGCAGAGGAGAAGACAAAGGAGGAGGGAAAGAAGGAGAAACCCGCUAAAGAAAAGAAGCCUGAGAAGGCAGCAGAAGAAGCAAAAGGCUCUAAGAAACAGAAAACCAUGCAGUGCAAAGUCACUUUACUGGACGACGCUCAGUUUGAGUGUGAGCUUGAUAAACAUGCAAAAGGUCAAGAACUCAUUACAAAGGUGUGUGACCAUCUUAACCUUUUGGAGAAAGACUACUUUGGCCUUGCCCACUGGGAGAGUCCAAACAACAAGACAUGGAUCGAACCGACCAAAGAGCUCCGGAAACAGGUUCCAGGUGCCGUCUAUGAGUUAACAUUCAACGUGAAGUUCUACCCUCCUGAUCCAGCACAGCUUACUGAAGACCUCACCAGGUACUUUCUGUGUCUUCAGCUGAGGAAGGACAUCAUGCGCGGCGUUCUCCCCUGUUCUUUUGUCACACUGUCGCUACUGGGCUCCUACACAGCCCAGUCUGAAAUCGGGGAGUAUGACCCAGAGCUCCAUGGAGCAGACUACGUUAAGGACCUGAACCUGGCCCCUGGGCAGAGCAAAGAACUGGAGGAGAAGGUGAUGGAACUGCACCGCACAUACAGGUCAAUGAGUCCAGCUCAAGCAGACAUGUUGUUUCUGGAAAACGCCAAGAAACUCGCCAUGUAUGGAGUGGACCUUCACCAAGCCAAGGAUCUUGAUGGUGUCGACAUCACACUGGGGGUUUGCUCCAGCGGUCUGAUGGUUUACAAGGAUAAACUGAGGAUCAACCGUUUCCCUUGGCCCAAAGUACUUAAGAUCUCUUACAAACGCAGCAGCUUCUUUAUAAAGAUCCGACCGUCAGAGCAAGAGCAGUAUGAAAGCACAAUUGGCUUCAAACUGCCUAACUACAAAGCCUCAAAGAAGCUGUGGAAAGUUUGUGUCGAGCACCAUACCUUCUUCAGGGUUUCAACAGUGGAGGCUCCCUCAUCACGUCGCUUCCUCGUCCUGGGCUCAAAGUUCCGGUACAGCGGGCGCACUCAGGCCCAGACCCGCCAGGCGAGCUCAUUGAUCGACCGCCCCGCCCCUCGCUUCACACGUUCUGCAAGCAAGAGGCUGUCACGUAAUCUAGAUGGAGCUGGAGAUGAGACUCUCCAGUUCUUGCAGAAACUUUCUUUAUCAACCAGGUCUGAGGUUGAUGAUUGGUCACUGAUUCUGGGAUCUGAAAAACUCCAGCCUUCUCUUGAACUCUCAGCCAGAGGGGAUUCUGUGCAGACAUGGUGGACAGAGGAGGGGCAGUCUGUUCACACAGUAACCUGGCAGGGCACUCAGAUUGGGCAGACAGUCAGUGAACCAUGGUGGGAGCUGGCAUCAAAUGAGCAGCAGCAGAGGGGAAAGGAGGAUGAAUGGUCCACUCUGCUCUAUCGCCGUUCUCCUUUUCCUUUCGUCCCAUCUUUUGAUUUGGUGAAACAGUCAGCAAAACUCAGUUUGGCAAAAGUGAGCUCUAUUGAGAGGCUUUUACAACCCACGCUGAAACGGACAGAUGAUUGGUACCUCUACUUUGACCGAAUCUACAGCCAAUCCUCAUUAGAUUUUGAUGAAAAACCUCCAUUCUUUCCCUUAGUGCAGCCGCAGCUCCAGGAGAAGGAUGAACAGGUCAUUGAUGCAACUGAGCAGGAAGUGAUCACUGAGAAAGUUAUUGAGAGACUGCAGGAACAUGUUACCUUGGUAGGCAAGCUGAAGGAGGCAGAUGUUUUGGAGAAGCGUCUGAGAGACGUGAAGGAUUUAGAGGAAAGGCUCCAACAGGUGGAUGACAUGGCAGAAAGACUUCAGGAAGUAAUUGAAGAGGAGUUGGGGAAGGAAGAAGUUGACAGGUUAAGAGAGGAAGAGUCAAAAAUAGUGGUGAAAAAAUCAGUUUGGAAAGUGGAGACAAAAGAGGAUGAAGUUGAUGAACUAGAAGACCAGAUAAAGAAGGUGUUUUUGAAAGGCCUGUUGCCUGAAGAGGAAGAAGCUGAGAUGAAGGAGAGUAAACUAGAGGUCACAGACAUGAGUGAGUUAGAUGAUAGCUUGAAAGAGAGGCUAAAUCAUGUAGAAAAGGAAUGGAGAGCAGAAGUUGAGGAGAAGUUUGGUGGUCCAGAUGUUAUCAGCACUUCUUCUGUUGUGGUUUACAAGAAGGUGGAGCAAAGAACGAAUACAAAAGUAACAAUUGUGGAAGAAAGAAGUCAACAAGAGUACAGUAAGAAAGACGUUACAAGUGUAGUGUCAGAAAAGAAGCUUGAGAAGAUGGCAAUGUGGAGUAAGACAGAAGGACUAGAGGAGAGAGAACUAACAGAGAGACUCCAAGGUGAGGAUCGAUCUCAGGUGGAAGAUAAGGACGUGUGGUUCAUACUUUUGGACCGUCUUCCAUACAAGGCUGUUUUCAAACCACCAGUAUUCGCCUCAGUGGAACGUGCUCAGGAGGAGGAGGAAGAAGAAGAAGAAGAGGGCGGGUUGUUUUUCUCAGCAACCCAGGUGUUAACUGUGGAAGAGAAAAGGGAGAUCAUAGUAGAAGAGAGUAAAAUGACAGAAGAUGGAGUAAGAGGUGUUCCUGAAAUCACACCGCCACAGACCGUCACACAGAGAGUUGAUGACUGGUUUGUGUUGCUGGAUGUUGUUCCCAGAGAAAUGCCUUAUGUACCACCAGUAGUCCCCUCUGUGGAACGUCCUCGGGUGGAUCAAGAAAGCUACGUCAUCUCAACAACCAAAAUUAUAACAGUGGAAGAGAAAAGGGAGAUCAUAGUAGAAGAGAGAAAAAUAAAAGAAGAUGGAGUAAGAGGUGUUCCUGAAAUCACACCGCCACAGACCGUCACAGAGAGAGUUGAUGACUGGUUUGUGUUGCUGGAUGUUGUUCCCAAAGAAAUGCUUUACGUACCACCAGUUUCCUUAAGGGAGCAAGACCAGAUGGAUACUGAGAGAUUUGUCUCUGUGGUUACAAUCACAGCAGACAAAGAGAUUAGAGAAGAAGUAGUUGAAGAAAGAAAAAUAACCCAAGACAUGCCGAGACUUGUGCAAGAAGUCCCUCAACAGCAACAGAGAAUCAGAGAUGAUGACUGGUUUGUGUUGCUGGAUGUUGUUCCCAGAAUCCCAUCUUAUGUACCACCAGUUGCUCUUGUGAAGCAUGUUGAAGUGUCUCCAAAAGAACGCAGUCCUGUUGUUGAAGUGACCAGAGUGAAGCAGAUAGAAGUGAUGGUGGUAGAAGACACAGAAAUGCAAAGUCAAAAGCAAGUCCUAGCACAGCCACAGUCCGUGAAACAGAUAGAGGAUGACUGGUUUAUUCUUCUGGAUGUUCCUAUUAGAGUAUCGGCUUAUGUGCCACCAGUUUCCAUGGCUGACUAUGAUCAAGGUUAUGCUGAGGAAACCAUUUCUACUGAGACGGUAAUAGUAGAGUCCAGGAGGAAGGUUGUAGUUGAAGAGAUUAUGAUCCAGAAAAAGGAAAAGGAGCUUCCCAAGCAGAUUAUACCACAGAAGAAAGUCUCCCAACCAGUCAGACAAAGGGAUGAUGACUGGUAUGUGUUGCUGGAUGUUACUCCCAGAGAGACUGUCUAUGUGCCCCCAGUUCCUGUGGUGGUAUCCAGUCAAAUGUAUCCGAGUCCUCAGCCUCAAAUUGCAGUGAAACGUGUGGAACGGAAGGUUGAUCUUGAGCAGAUUAGAUCACAGCCUUCUCAGCCAAGACCAGAAAGAGAUGAUGACUGGUUUGUGCUGUUUGAUGCUGUUCGUGAGAGGGCAGUCACUCCCCUCGCAGCAGUCACUCCUGUUGAGCCUGUGCCAUAUAUGAGGAAAACAAUUGAGACUGAGGUGACAAUCACUGAGACUAAAACAUGGAAGAAGAUCACAAUUGGUGUGGACAGAAAGCAAGAUGAGGCACGUCUGUCUGAAAUUAGAUCAAGACAAAUUGCACCACCAGUAGAGAGAGAAGGAGGCGAUGAUUGGUUUGUCCUGUUUGACGUCAUCCGUGACAAGCCUGUUGUUGUACCACAAGUUGCUGUUGUGGAGCGUAUUGUCGAUGUGGUAGCUGCCAAGGUACCAAAACAAAAAUUCAUCACUGAAGAUGUGAGGCCAUUUGUGACAUUUGUGGAGAUAAAACCAUCUAAACGGAGAAGGGUGGAUGAUGACUGGUUUGUGCUCCUAGAUGUUGCAACAAAAGUUCAAGUGGCUGUGGACAAACAAGUCCGUAUGUAUCCCGAAGUAAGACCAGCCAAAGAGUUUGCAGUCAAAGAGGUUAAAGUGCAGAAGAGAGUUACAACAGUGGAUGAGAGAGAGUGGCGGCAGAAAACAAUAGUACAGCAGAAACCACGGCCAACAGUGAGAGAGGUGGAGGAUGAUUGGUACAUACUUCUGGAUGUGGCCCCUAAACCGUCAGUUGCUGUCCCAGAGCGCAUCACGUUCCCAAAAGAAGUGAGCAGAUUUCAGACCAAAACAAGGAUCACUAUUUUGGAGAUGCGGCCACAGUUUGAGAAGCGAAUCCUGGAGGAAAGACCUGCACCAUCACGUGCAUAUAUCAGUGAUGAUUGGUUUGUUCUCCUAGAUGUUGGCGUCAAAGAGUCAGCUGUGAGCACACAGAGGGGUGCGCGUCCUGUUAGCGCUCCAGUUUUCUCCCAGGCUGCCCUGGCCGAGGCUGGAAUCCCCAUGGCCCUGUUCGACCAGCCCCAGACCUCCACUCCAAUCAAGACCAGCCGCCAGGAGGAAAGGAGGCUGGAGGUCACGGUAGAAACGGUGGAGCCUUCGAAAAUGGAGACAGUCACUGAGGUCAAGCCAGCAGUGUGGAGGGACCACAGAGAAGUAAACUCAUCCCUGAUACCCACCAUCAAUGGGCACAUUCAGCACAAGUCAGAGGUCACAAGCACGGAGGUGGUGCGAAUGCGAAAGAAAAGAGCAAAGAAAAUUGAGGGUGACUCAAUUUAUGUCAGACAUAGCCUUUUAAUGUUGGAGGAGUUCGAUAAACCUCAGGAGGACCUGCUCAGGCAUCAUGCCAGCAUCAGCGAGCUGAAAAGAAACUUCAUGGAAUCCGUCCCAGAGCCCAGGCCCAGUGAGUGGGACAAACGUCUAUCCACACACUCUCCGUUCCGCACUCUGGGUAUCAACGGCCAGCCUCUGCCCAGCGCAGAUGGGAGUGUUUGCAUUAGUCCUCUAUGCAAUGGUUCAGAGACAAGUGCUGCACAUGAGGAAACCGGGAUCAGUUUGGGCUUUUCAGGCGAAUACAGCCCCACCGUCAGCCACCAGAGUGAGCCUGACAGGGUGGAAGCCCCCGACGCUCCUGUUGAAGCAGAAUCAGCAGAGUUGUGCGAUCAGGACGUGGUUGUAGUUUUUGACACCUCCUUGGUGCCCAUCGUGGAGGUGGAGACGGCCCAGCUGCCUAGCUCUCCUGACCCUUCCUGUAGAGUUUUAGAUGAGACCCAGUUGAAGGAGGAGGAGCAGCAGGAAGAAGGAGCAGACCCUGGAGCGUCGGACUGCUCUGGGACGAUAUUUGGAUCAUCCCCAGCCUCCUAUUUCAGGAGCGGUGGUCCUCAGGUCAUACGCUGCUUCCAGCCCCCACUGGUGCAGACCCAGACAGUCACCAUCACAGCUGUCUCCAACUCCUUACCCAGUGGCAUCUCCACCACAGAGGUCCCUAUCGUCCCAACUAAGACCAUCACCUAUGACUCUUCAAAGGUCACAGUCGAUGGGACGGACGAGGACAAAGAUGGUUCAUCUGUGUCCAGCUCCAAAACCGUUACCUCAGAAACCACCAGUGGCACCACAAUCACCACCACCACCACUCACAUCUCAAAGGUUGUGAAAAGUGGAUCAUCAGAGAGUCGUGUGGAGAAGCGGAUCGUCAUAACUGCAGACCCAGAAAUCGAACAAGAUAAGGAGAAAGAUGGCGGCGCGUCAGCAUUGUAACUGAAUCACCACCUUCAUUUAUUCCUUCCCUCCUGACUCCACUUCCUGCAUUCUUCCAUCAGAGUUCAGCACUCAACACACAGUGGCCAGCUCUACCUGCUCACGCACACAUCCACAACGCAACAGCUCAGAAACCUGCACAUGACAUUACGGAUAACCAAGUAGAAAAUGUAGCAGACCCUCUUUGUUUUGUUUUCCGUUACAGUCUGUUCAUCAUAGUUAGAGGAAGGCUACACAGUGCAUAUUGCUUCCCCAUCCCGGUGUUAAAAAGUUAGUGCAUACACUUAAAAACAGCAUCUUCUGUUGAGUGAUGUCAGUUACGUUUGCUUUUACAUGCUUUUAUUUUCCUAGUGGUUUUUACAUUCUUUUAUAUAAAUGCACUGUUUCCAUUCUAGUUUAGACACCAUUAUCAGCAUUUAUUCCCAUGGUGCUGCUAGGGAAACGUUAAAAUUACAUUCAAGGGAACUCCUUGUUUUUUGUUGUUGUUUACUUGUCUAUUUAAGUCAGGAGAGACGUUUUUUGUUUUGUUUUUUAAAGUGACAUACCUCACGUCUACAUGUGAACAAAGAUAUUCUGUGCGUAAAUUUGGCUUUGUUCACUGCUCAGGUACAAACACAAAAACAAAUCUUUUCUUCCCCAACCAGCCAAGAACCGGUAGCUUACACAUUAUUGUAAAGAUUAAAUCUAAAAAUUGAUCUAUUUUGAAAUAUUUCUCUAUUUUAUAGAAUUAAUGCUUUUAUAGUGUUUGUACAAAUUGAGGUUUUUAAGUUAUACAUAUCCAUCUGCUCAUUAAAUUGUGGGUUACUGUUGUGCUGUUAACUGAAUUUAAUUUUUUUUAAAUACCUUUUUUGUCUUGCCUGACACUGAAUCAUUCUUAAUCAUUUCCUCUUGUAGACCAUCGAGUAUGUCAGAUGUUUUGCAACAUACAUACGACCAAGGAAUGCUUCCCUCAGCCCUACGUUGUGUUCAGUAGCAUAGAAUUCAUAAAUGCUUUCAAUAUAUUUGGUUGAUAUGAGAAGUUUUACAAGCUUUGGUCUGUUUAUCUCAGGUUUUGGUAUUGUUUGUAAGACUACAGACCUCCAUAUGAUUGUAUGAGGAAUGUCCAUAUAUGUAUAUCCAUCCCUACUUCGCACGUACAUUUAUGUUCAAGCCUGGGUGAGGUCAGUAAAUAUGAAGCCUGUCAGUCGCAGUAACAAUACGGAUACAAGGUGAAGGCAGCUGCCCCAGAACAUGUGGCUUUUCUCUCAUAGAAACACAAGUUGUCUUUUUUACGUGUUCUACUAUACAGUAAUUUAUUUGUAAAGUAGAAACUGUUUUAUGUGAUUUAAUGUACUGUGAUGUUUCGACACAAGCUGGUUUCCAGGCUUUCACUAAAGAUGUCACAAUGUUAAUAUUGCAUUCAUUAUCAACCAAGUUUGUAAAGCCUUUUUACCACAUAGUCCAAGUAGAUUGCUUUCUCACUUGCUGUUUCCUGUACUUUCCCAUACUAGAAAAAAAUGCUUACAAUAUAUGAAUCCCUUUUAGAUAGCAUGUUUGUUAGCAGACUUUUUAAAUGCAAAAAUAAGCCAUUGGUAUUGUAGCUACAUGAACAACAACCUGUAGAAUAUCACAAGAAAAUUAGUUUUUAGACAAUGGAAAAUAUUGUUGCUUUGUGACUUAUCCCUGUCUUUUUAUUGAAAAAAAUAAAAUAUGCAUUAUUUUG